UUACAAGAUGUUCAAUUUGACAGUCAAACAAACAGCCCUUCUAAAGUCUUAUCCUAAAAGAUUGUAACCGGUAACUCUGUUCCCCGAUCGAUCACCGAACAAUCAAGCAUCUACUUCUGUACUUGACCUGCCAGAAAGCAACCAUUACAGAUCAUCUCAAGGAUCGCAAAAAUACCAACAUUUCAAAAGCCUAGGGUUAGGGUUUUCCCCUCUCAUAUCUUUCUUUAACCCACGGACAAUGCGAAAUCUCCAUCAACAAUCUGCAGGGUCUCCAUUAUUUUCGAUCCCUGUAUUACAAAAUCCUGAUUCUAACCUUAAAGAAGGGGGCUUUCUUGGCUCAGGAUUGUAUAUUUGGCUCUUUGAGUGCCAUGGGUUCUUGCACAAUGUGACUCUGAUUUUGGCUUCGCUUGCUUUUGUACUGUACUUGGCAUUUCAGGCUAAAAAGAGCGUAACGAAGUUGUCCCAUGGGAGAUCGUAUAUCAUGAUCGCUUAUUAUGGGUGUCUUUGGCUCGUUAGCUUGCUCAAUCUUGCUUGGUGUUGCUUUCAGGCAUGGGAGUGCACUUCUGGGAAAGAAUUGUCAUGGAAUAUCUUAUCUUUGUUUACAACAUCUGGAAUGUUGUUUCUUGAAGUAAGCUUGAUCGCCUUUUUACUACAAGGAAAUUAUUCUAGCGGGUUGGAAGCUCUAACACGAACCUUUGCUGUCUCAGCACUCAUUGUUGGUUUGGACAUACUCCUCAAGGCAAUCUAUAUGUUUGGCCUUGGGAUCCCCUUGUUCAUUGAUGACCAUGAGCAGUCACAUCAUAUGAAGUGGAACUUGUGGGUUGUCCACAGGCUAGUGCUAACUGCAGUUUAUGGCUUUAUAUUGUUCAUGUAUCAUUCCACGUGGAGGGAAAGGUUACCUGCAAGGCCUGCAUUCUACAAGUACAUUGUGAUCAUGUUCACCUUGAAUGCACUAGAGUUAUUUGCCUGUGGGCUUACAGGGAAUGGUGCUGGUUUUGGUUUCUGGUUGUACGGCACCACAAUUGUUUGCUACCAUGCCUUUUACUUGCCUCUGCUGUACAUAACAUUUUUAGCAGACUUUUUUCAGGAGGAAGAUUUGCAUCUAGAGAAUGUAUACUAUUCAGAGAUGAAAGAUGCUGGUUUCUUUGAUGCUGACUGGGAGUGAUGCAGUGAGAGUUUCUGAAUCUGCUCAAUGGUGUGUACAUAGAAGUGCAUGCACUUUCAGUUGGCCAAAAAAAAAAAUUGCUGCACUUAAAAGGAUACCCGUUCAAUGCCCGUAUGAAUUGGUACCUGCAGUUGUAUGGAGAACUUAGCUGUAGUAAAUGGGAUGGUUUGUCGAGCACCAAUUGGGACUGCUAGUUAAGCCUGUAUUCAAUCUUUUCUGUAUGAUACAGAAUAAGUGAAUCCUGAAAAAUGUUUAGUGGACCAAUUUGGGUAACACAAGAACUAGUAUAUCGUUCUAUAACAUCUAAACAUCUAAUUAAAUUCCCAUAUCAUUUGCAGUGUCAA